AUGCUCUCAAAAUUCCGAUUCUUGCAAAUUUCAGCAUCCUUUUCCUCUCCCAAGCACAAGGCUUUCGUUCCACACCAAUUCACAUUCAGCGCAAAGCUCCGAUCGCAGAUGGGGUAUACGACGUCGUCCGGUUCCUCACCGUCCAAGUUGCUUUUCCGACAGCUUUUUGAGAAGGACUCGUCUACCUACACUUACCUUCUGGCCGAUGCUUCUCACCCUGAUAAACCUGCUCUGGUUCAAUCUGUCUCCUCUUCUCAGACUUGUUUCUUCCUGUUGUUUAAUUUGAAUUUUCGGGAUAAUUGGAUGAUUUUGAAGUUGUGUUUAGAGUCCCCUGCAUUGUUGGUUGAUCCAGUAGACAAGACAGUAGACAGAGAUCUUUCCUUAGUGAAAGAGUUGGGCUUGAAGCUUAUAUAUGCAAUCAAUACUCAUGUACAUGCAGAUCACAUCACUGGGACUGGAUUGCUUAAGAGUAAGUAUCCUGGAGUAAAAUCUAUCAUUUCUAAAGCAAGCAAUGCAAGUGCCGAUCUUUUCGUUGAACCUGGUGAUAGGAUCUGUUUCGGGGAUCUCUUUCUGGAGGUUCGUGCAACCCCAGGUCACACACAAGGUUGUGUUACCUAUGUCACAGGUGACGGGCCUAACCAGCCUCAACCACGGAUAGCUUUUACUGGCGAUACUCUAUUGAUACGUGGAUGUGGGAGGACCGAUUUUCAGGGUGGGAGUUCUGAGCAGCUUUACAAGUCAGUUCAUACACAGAUCUUUACAUUGCCGAAGGACACAUUUGUAUAUCCAGCCCAUGACUACAAGGGCUUUUCUGUGAGUACUGUUGGCGAGGAGAUGCUAUACAAUCCCCGCCUGACAAAAGAUGAGGAAACAUUCAAAAACAUCAUGGCAAAUCUGAACUUAUCAUAUCCAAAGAUGAUUGAUAUAGCUGUGCCUGCUAACAUGGUUUGUGGGUUGCAUGUUGAACCCAAAGCUGUGUGAAAGUUCGAUAGUUUCUGUGAGGUGUGGAGUCAAACUGUUGAUUAAACAUCAUUGUAACUAAUUCAAAUGACAUCAAAUGUCAAUUCUACCGCUCUGAUUGUGUUACCAAGUUUAAUUGAAAUUUGUAAUUGAACGUCUGUUAAACAUAACGUGCAAUGCAAUAUCGCCUUAUUUAAAUUGAAUGGACAAUCUAUAUAUGAACUCAAGUAAUUGUAAAAAGCUGAGUUCUGAGUAUUAAGAUGAUAUGUAAAGCAAAGAAUUUGAAAUAGAAAAGGUUUUACAAAGACUCAUCAUACACCUAGG